CGCGACUCGUCACCGACCCAAGUGGGCGAGGCUCAAAUCGGGACUUAUCUACCAGCGAAGUGACCAACUACACCAGCCGACUGAAGUAAAUAAUAUGCAGGCAGAAAUGAUCAAAAUUGUUCAACUGCAGUGGAUCCCAAUGACGUCCAUAAUUGUUAUCGAUAGCGCAGUUUGACUGAGUGAUUUACAGAAUAGUCUGUCCGGGAGCUUCGGACCAGCAACGUUAGCCCCGAGGUAAACAUUCUGCUGGGUCUACCGGUGGACAAGCCCCGAAGCCGCACAUUCAACGCAACUAUCGAGAAGAUCUUCGUGAGAAGUCUGCCUCGUUGAGAGAAGAGUGAUCCGAUGUUGUAAAAUUACCUCAAGUUCGAUACAAUUGCCGCCGCUCCUCACUGCGCCCCGUCGCCCGUCAACCCCGGAACGCCGGACUUCACGAUGCCCAUCUUCGACGCCCGCGACAUGAUCGCAUUCCCCAAUGGGGAUAAUACUACGGACACUGUCAUUGGAGGAAUUCACUUCAACACGACGGUGUUGGAUUUCUUCAAUUUCACUCUCUACGACAAUGGCACCUUGUCCAACGAUUCGCGAUGCAUUCUCACGUUCGAACCCUACACUCCGCACCUGCUCUUCCCGAACGGCUCCUUCGUCAAUAACACGUCGUGCUACUCCGCAAUAAAUCCGAUCGGAUCACGCGGAAUAGUUGGAAUAAUUGUCGCCUGCUUGUUUGGGUUAUCCCUGAUUACAGUACUUGUCAAUUUGACCAAACACGGACGGCGGCACCUGCCAGCAGAAAAGCGUUUCUACCCCAUUGGUAGACGAUGGCAGUGGUAUUGGGCUAUCUUCGUAUGCGCUGCCGCUAUCAUUGGGCUCUUCACCGGCAUUGACGUCGACCGAUUCUAUCUUCCGGAGCUUCCGCUCGUAUUGAACGUCUUCUUCUGGUUCUUGAUGCAAAUGGGGACAAUGGCGCUGGUGUGGGAGGCUGUCCGGCAUUGGGGGAGUUGGAUGGAGAGGCAAUACAUCGAUCCCAACCCCUUUGUGUUGCAACAGACCGAUAAGAGGGGCAUGUUCGAGUUUUGGCUGCCUCUUUUUUUCUAUUUGUGGCUCUGGCUGAACUUCUUCCUGAUUGUACCUCGCAAUUGGGGCAAUAUCGAAUUGCAACGCUCGCCGGAGCAGACAUUGGAGUUCGCCAUCCCCACGGCCACUGACAACCGCUUCAAAGCAGCCGCCUUCUGUCUGUUGAUAUGUUGGCUGACGACUGCCGUGUCCCUGUGGCACUCGAUCCGCCAUUACGAGGCUAGGAAUCGUGGCUUCUUCAACAGAAUGGUCGGUGGCUUGGGCUAUAUGCCAUUCCGGUUUGCACUCAUUAUGCCGCUUGGGUUGUCAGUCGUGGCAUAUCAGGCUCUCUCGGCCUGGAAGUUCGACUACUCACCGCUGAAGGUCGGCACAAACCUCGUGGCCAUGUACAUUGGUGGGUACCUGCCGUCGUUCUUGAUCAUCGUCAUCCAGGUCGUCUCGGGCUUCUUGCGACAGAACGAGGAUCUUAACCUGAUCCGACAGCGCAGGAUGCGCGGGCAGGAACUCGACCAAGAGCUGGGCAUCGCCAAGAAGCCGGCGUGGUGGAGGCGUGCCAACGGAGAUGUGUCAACGGGCAAUAUGAGAGACGUAAUUAUGCGGAACGUACGAGAAGUCGGCGGGGGUCGUGCGACACACGCCAAUAUUGAGGCAGCCGCUGAGACCAGGGCAAGAGAAGCAAAUGACGCUGCAAACGCCACGAAUGCCAACGGGGGCAUUGAAAUGAGCGAGCUGGGAAGGACGAACAGCGCCGCGAGCAGCGUACGCACAACCGGCUCGCGGCCUCCAGCUUACACCCGUUACGGCGGAAAGUCAGAGGCUCGGCGGACGGAGCACGCGGUGCAAACGGUUGCUGGGCUCUUGUUCCCCAAUGCCACACCGCCGAACCAGCCGGCGACCCAGCCGGCGACACAGCGUGGCCGAGAUACGGCAAUGAGCGAGGACCGACCCACCAAUGACAGGAGUCAAAGUACGGCUAGUGGCACAUCCAUGACAGCCCCGCCGAUGCAGAUCAGGUCCAUGCUGGAUGUCUGAGGCGGUUAUAGGGGAUUGACCACGCGAUGAUGGGUUACAAGGCGUUUUUUUUAAGAAUGUUUCUCACUGGAUCGCGCGAACAUUAUCGGACGCACCCUGGAACAGGGUACCAUCGAGUAUAGCAAUUGUAUAUAUGUUUAAUGUUUGUAAUGUUAAAAGUUAUCCUUCCAUAAUGUCCAUAGUACCGCGAUUAUACUUGACUGCAUAUCAUGAAAUUAAACUUCAC